AGGUUUCCAGACAGGACAGUAGGCGUGGGGUAUGCCUGGGCUAGGCUUCCAGACAGGACAGUAGGUUUGUGGUGUAGUAACAGUCGUUUUCUCUGUCAUUCUCCACAGACACAUUGCUGUGUUCCCCACUAAGCUGAAGAUCCUGCCUCAGUUCAUCUUCAACUCUAGAGACCCCAUAGUCAUGGGAGUCAACGUGGAGGCUGGGGUCCUCAGACAGGGAACCCCAAUCUGUGUGCCCAGCAAGGGGUUUGUGGACAUUGGCAUCGUGACCAGCAUUGAGAUCAACCACAAGAUGGUGGACAGUGCCAAGAAGGGCCAGGAGAUCUGUAUAAAGAUCGAACCGAUCCCCGGAGAGGCACCCAAGAUGUUCGGCCGACACUUUGAGGCCACCGACAUCCUCGUCAGCAAGAUCACCAGAGCGUCCAUCGAUGCCCUGAAGAACUGGUUCAGAGACGAGAUGGGCAAAUCUGACUGGCAGCUCAUCAUGGAGCUCAAGAAGACUUUUGAAAUCAUCUGAACGGAAGAACGGGCACACACCUUCAUGUCUUCAGACGGCCGCAGCACACUUACACACAAACACACACACCACUGAUCAUGUGACACCUGAUCAAAGACACACACACACACACUUGUUCAUCACACCCAAGUAUGCAUACAUCCAUAAAUGGUGGGAGCAGUGCAGUGUCCCACUUUCCCCCUCUCCCCCAUCCCCUCCCCUCUGGUGGGUGGGGGAGUGUAUUUUUAGAGGGGAAACAGUGUUUUUCUGUGAGAAACCAAACUAUUUCCUGCUGUUGUUAACAGUGACAGUUUAGACAGCAUCGACACACACACUAUUCCAACCUGCCUGUUGUUUGGAAUCAUCUUGAGUUUUGUUUUUCAUUUUGCCUCUCACUCUCCACAUCCGUCUGCUGCUGGAGUCCUGCCCCCUGUAAUCACUCUGGUGUUCAGGCUGYGGUGAGACAGGAGAGGGGGCGUGUGGGAGUGAGGAACGCUGGGUCAGGCGUCACCGGAACCACAGAUCUACAGAAUUCAGCAAACUGGGUUUGACWAGUUUCCGUGGGUGCCAUGUUGGCACCGGAAGUCGCAAGGAGAAUGACAUUCCACUGAGAAUGCAAAUGAGAACCUUAUUGUUAUGACACGUUGGUUGCCAACAUGGAGGCUAGUUUGCUGAACUCUUUAUAUCUAUCACGGAUCAAGGGGAGCUGUGCGCCAAAGGCCUGAGCCAAUUAGAAGA